AUUCUCUUUUCACAUGCUAUUUUCCCACUUGAUUUAUUUUGCUGAAUAACCCCCUUUCUUCCCCCCAAAAAUCAAGUAAUUUUGGUGUAACCAAAAUAAUUAUAGAAAAAAGCCCGUUUCUUGUUUAUUUACUUCUUUUUCUUUUUUCAAUACUACUGAGAUGCCACUUUAUUCUCAUUCCUCGACAAGUGUCUUGAGCGACACGAAUGGAAAAGAGAUAAAGUUGGAAAGACAGAAUACAAAUGCUCUUUAUUCUAUAUGGGAUACAAAAAACUCCCUUUACCUUAUCUUAUUGACUGUGUUGGAGGCUAUUGCUGUGAUUUUAUUAGAGUCUGUCUUGUUAGCUAAAUUUCAACGAGAUGCUCAUGUCAAUAUUGAAGAAGGCCUUACCAAGGGCAUUCCAGUCUAUUUAGUGAUCUUUAUUUUCUCGCUUGUUUUUCAAGUUGCACUUGCUUGGGAUGCAGUUCGACAUAAAAACACUAUCCAAAUCAUUGCUUUCAACUUGUUUAAUCUGUGUUGUUUUGCUUAUGCUGUUUUUCAGUUCAAACAGAUUUUUGAAGCACUAAAACAAAGAUUAGGUGACAAUGGUCUCUCUUGGGAAUUACAGAAAUUGAUGAUAGCCAAUCCUGUCAUUAUUGGUGUGUGUCAGUUGGCUUAUUUCUAUCUUGGCGCAAGACUCUACCUUGAAUUUGGUUGGCGAAUUUAUAAAAAGAUUGGGGCUGAUCCAGACAUAAGAAACAUGUAUCGCUGGUAUCAAAUCUUCUUGACUUUACUGAAGAUUGACUUCUUUUUCUUUUUGGGGUUCUCGAUUCAAUACCUUGUGCUUGUACUUCAACGAGGCGACGUGGAAUAUCCAUUGACGAUCAUUGCCUUACCUUUGACCUGUGUUGUGUUGGUACUGGCUGUGUAUGCCAUCAAGCAUGAAUCAAAAAAGAUGAUUACCCUAUUUUUUAUUGGAUUAGCUGCUGGUAUAGCUUAUUUCAUAUUCAAGAUUUACCGUAUUUAUGACUAUUCACAACAAGCAAAAUACGAGUUUGUCAAGGAAUUUCUUACUUUUUUUGCAUGUGUGACAUUGGUCUUGAUUAUUUUGACAAUCAUCAAUGCGGCUAUUUGUUGUUAUAACUUUGACAAGGGACUUAAGGCACACUUACUUUGUGAUAUGACUGAGCCUUGUAUUCAUUCAGAAGAGAAUAACCAUGGUCGUACAUUAUCUUUAGACUAGCAUACCCUCUUUUUUCUUCUUCUACUUGUAAAUAUAUAUAUAAGAAUGGCUUAUGUUUAGACAUUCCACGUUCUAUAAAUUGGGCUGAGUUACCAAAUAAAGCACAGGGCGAUCACUCAAAAAUUAAAAGAAAAAAAAUUAUUUCCC